GCUGAUAUGGCAUUACGCAUCAAGACCGCUGUGCGCACUGGAUGGAAGCCGCCCAGCGACUGAGGCGCAGUAAAGAAGCCAGGCCAGCAGUCUUUCAAGAGUUGGCACUAUACUGAUCGUGAGUCGCCAUAUUACUCACGAAGGGUCAAUUCCCUACAUUAAUAUAGCAUCACACCUCAGUGUGUUUGUGCACAACACAAGGCUUGCAAAAACCCAUCAUUCCAUUCAGUCCUCAUCUUCAAAAACAUUGUCCAUUCCUCAUUGACAGUAGCAUGUCUGGGACCACAAAAGAAUGGGUUUCUAGGGAAUUGAAACGGCUUGCAGAGGAUGAACAACAUGGCGUUCAAGAUUUUGUCUAUGACUCUAUGACCCAACGACAUGGCGGCGUGUACGCCCAGGAGAACAUCGACCGCAGAAUCCCGAACAAGACUUUGCCGCCGGUCCGCAGGGAAACAGCACGUAUCAUUCGAGUCCUGGAGGACAUUCUUGAAUCCGAGGACAAUGCAGUCCUUCAAGAGGGCGCCGACAGGCUGGAAAAUAUCAUACUCUCCUACUCAGCUGAGAAAAGAUUCGGCAUAUAUCUCAACGUCGUCGAAAUAAUCCUGGACGCGGCAAAAUUUGUUGACGAGCAAGGCGCAAGCAUGAAACUCGCGCAAUUGGUGUCCGCGUUGGCCUUCCGUGACGAUCUCAUCAAUUCCACUGGAGCGGAGCUCACAUAUGAGAUUGGGGAUUUCUGGAAGCGACCGGUGACAAUCCAGCCAGACGCACCACUCACCGGAGAAGGAGGCGAUAGGAUCUGGUCACAGAUGCCUAGUCUUCAGCUUUGGAUAAGAGAGGCUCUUGAUACUCAUCCUAGAGUCGAUUCCACGGAGUUUAACAGAGAAGUAUGGGAAGGCAAUUCGUGGCAGAAUUUCACCCGUUUCUGCGGGAUUCUUAGCGAUAUGUAUAUUCGAGGUCAAUCACUUGUUUCAAGUCUCGACUCUGUCACAGUCCUUCGCUAUUUGUUCCUUGGCGUGGAAGAAAUCAACAGCACCCAUGCUUGGCGGGAACAAGCAGCGGUCUAUAUGAGUAUAUUCGGACACGAAAUUCAUCGGCUAUGCCAAUACGGCCAGGAAGCCGUUUAUGAGCACACAAGUUCGAACGCGAACGACGACGACGGGUUCUACUCGAUCGGAAGAUGGAACAAAUGGCAUGCUACGUAUAAGCGUCGCGCUGUCUCCGCAAAGGAUGAACAGGAAAGAUUGUGGGCAAUUAAGGCUCUUGCGAGGAUGGAUGAGGUCCAGGACGCCGAGACGGCGUAUUGGGAACAUAGAACACUCGAUUAGUUGAGAUAUGCGGAUG